GUGUAAAUGCUGUGAGCUGUGAUUGCUUAUAUAAAGACAACUGGUUGGAUUGUAAUUGUAAACCACUAAAGGCUUUUCUAUGUCCCUCAGGUCUGUCCACAUAGUGGCCCUGGGUAGCGAGUGUCCUGGGGGCGUCGGGCCUGGGGAUGAGACGGCCGGCCCGGGACAGUUCCAAGGUGGCUUGUUGUGGAGUUACCUGGGCCACGGAGCUCGGGAAUUGGAUCCAAACUCGGUGACGCCAUCAAGGCUUCCCUUGAACCCUGCGUUUAUGGAGUACCAGUCUAUAGUGUUCGGGGAUGUCAGAGUGAUGGUGCGGGAUUGUCCUAGUUGGGAUCUUUUGGAUAGCGACUGGGCGAGCGUGCGGAGUGUUGUGGAGCAGGCCGACAUUGUGGUCAUUAAGUACUCGGUCAACGACAAACUGGCCUUUCAGCAGGUCCGAAACGUCUACGCCCCAAGACUUCGCCCUCUUCUUCGGCACUGGGGUGUUCCUGUGAUUCUGGUAGCCGUGGGGGCGAGGCUAAAUGAUGAAGGCCCGCCGUGCACAUGUCCACUGUGUGCAUCCGACUGGAGCAGCUGUGUGCCCCACAGUGAGGGGCUCCAGCUGUCCAGGGACCUGGGGGCCACUUACCUGGAGCUGCCAUCUCUAAACAACUUUUUUGUGGGUCGUUACUUUGGCAGUGUGCUGGAAUACUUCAUGAUUCAGUGUCUGAAGCAGAAAGCCAAAGAACGGCCAGACAAACGGCGGGGUCACAGGUUUAACGAGCCCCGCCCCCCUCAUUUGGACCAGCCAGCGCGUCUUCCCCCGGUGAGAGUGGAGGAGUCCACCUUCUCUCAGGACUUGCAGUGGCUCCUUGAACGCGGCGUUCAGUUUGCUGAUGUGGCAUUCUACGGCGGGGACUCUGGGAAGGAGCUGGGCUGGGCACACGCGUCCGUUCUGUGUGCCAUUAGCCCAUACUUCAGACAUCUGCUGGUGGGACGGCAGGCCUGGGAAAGGCCUGUUUCGCGCUGCACGUGCAGGGACAGAGACGGCCCCCACUCACUUUUGUCCACCUGGGAUGGAGGCAUAGAUGAUCUACCCAGAGCAGACGGACACCCUCCCGGACACCUCUCACGGCUGGUUGUGAAGGACCCACUACUCUGUUUAUGCCUGUGGGAGACGUUAAUGUUUCUUUACAGAGGGGCCUGGGAAUGGGAAUACUUAGAGGAAGCAAUUGCUGAAAAACUGAAGAACCCUUUGGCCGUGGCCCAGCUGAUGGACAGGAUACGCUCAUUCAUUGGGAGAGAAAAGGCCCCCAGGGACACACCCACACCCCGCUCUCAACAAGGUCCUUUGACACUAGGAAGCCUCUUCAAUUCCCCUCUAUACUCUGAUGUCAUCUUCAUGGUCCAAGGAAGCGUGCUGCCAGCGCACAGAGCCGUACUUGUGGCCCGCUGUGAUGUUAUGGCUGCCAUGUUCAGUGGGAAGUACGCAGAGGCACGAAGUCGUGUGGUGCCAAUCCAUGGAGUCUCAUCCGAUACCUUUCUAGCUUUCCUGGAGUACCUCUACACUGACACCUGCUGUCCAGCCAGUGUGCUGCAGGCCAUGGCCGUGCUCGUCUGCGCAGAGAUGUACCAAGUGAAACGGCUGCAGCACCUGUGUGAGGUGUGUGUCUGCGCGUAUCUUCAGAGUAUGCCCAGUCGAGAGCUAGCGUCUAUGGGCAUCAGCGUGAUUCGCUUACUGAAGAAAGCAAAGUGUCACAACGCUGACCAGCUAUAUGUCUGGCUCCUCCAUUUCAUUGCCAAUAACUACCUGAUCUUCAGCCACAAGCCUGACUUCCUGGAGCUAUCAGACGAGGAGCGCGAGCAGGUGGAGCGACUGCGCUGGCCCUCCAGAGGUUACCUACAGGAGCUCAGCGAGUACCAGCAACGCAGGCGGCAGAUCCGCAAGUCUCGCUGCAGCAUCAUGUGACCCCUUCUUGACGCC